AUGUUUAACCUAAACACUCCUAUCAAUCCGUAAUAAAGAUUGAUGAGUGAGAGUGACCGAAAUUAAUCCUCUACUAAAAAAAUACAUACCUGCCCAUCGCAUCUUGCUGCGGGGAUAUUAAUUUAAUCAGAUCACUAAAGCAAACAUGCUUAGAAAGUAUAUUGUGACGCAUGCAUAAUUUAAUUCUAUCAUCGCUCUAAUACAUUUCUCUCUAAUUUCAACAUCGGUUAGCAAAUAUAGCUGAAUUAGAAUGGCAACGCUUUGAUAAAUCUUGGAUAAAAAACAAUUGAUAAAUUUAAUAAUUCUUUAAUACUUACUGAGCAAGAAGAAUACAAACCUAAUUUUAUUAUGGACUGCUAAAGUAAUUGUAAAGAGCGCAAUAAAGAAAUCACAAUGUAGUAAUAGUUAACAUAGAAAUAAGCUUUAAUAUAUUUAUAAAAUAUGUAAUAGAAUUAUCAUACAAACCCUGAAACUUAGAAUUCUAUAUAACCUUAAGGAAAUAGUUUCAUUCCUCCAAACCACCAAAACCAAAAUCAAGAAUAAUAAAAUUAAUUUGUAAUGAUGCAAGCUUAAUAAAAUACAGUGGUAACAUAUAACUAUCAAAAUCCUGAUGCUUUUAGAUCUUCAACUUAACAUAAUAACAUGAAUAAUCAUAAUAUAAUUAGUUAUAAUAAUUAGUGCUAAAUGCAACAAGGAUAAUAAUAAAUAGUUCAAAAUCCUAGUAUGUAAUAGCUUAAUGAAAAAUUUUAAAACUAAACGAGUAAUAAUACUUUCUACUCGACUCAAAUUUAAUAAAUUAACUAAUUAAAUACCCCAUAAAGUUAAUUAGAUGAAAUAAAUCUUUAGGCUAAAAACUUUUCUCUCUCUGACUAGCCAAUUCAUCAUUCAAUGCAAAACCCACUAGAAUUGUAAUAUUUGUAACAAAAUAAUAUGAUUUUGCAAAAUUAGAGUGCAAGCCAAUCAUAGAAUCAACAAAGCUAUUAAGAUAUUUUCUAAUACCCACAAGCAAGACAAGAAUAUAAUAUGUAAUACAAUAGCGGUAAUAACAAUUAUAAUAAUCAAAAUUCUUUUAACAACUUUGAUAAUCAACAAAAAAAUUAAAUAAUUAUACCAUCUGAAUAACAGCUAGUAAAUGGUUUUAAUUAGUAAAAUUAGUAAAAUAUUUAAAAUGGAAGAAUUAUUUCUUUAGAAUUAAGCGCUGAAAAAAAAAAUUACAGUGCUUUACAAUUUUAAUUAAAUUAAAAUUCAACAACGUCUAACAAAUUAAACUCAAGUGAUGCAUCAGCUCAAAUUUAAAGUAACAGCAUGCUACCAUAUUAACAAAAUGAAAAGCAAUUAGUACUUAAGCAGUGCGGAUUAAAGAAAAUAAAUCAAUAAAUUAAGCACGCUAACAGACAAUAUAAGUAACAAUCCGAUUCUCACAAUUAAGGACAGAAUGAAUUACAUAUUAGCUAUAGGGCAUGUGAUGAGGAAUUUAUUGAUGAAGAAGAAAUGAAAUUGGUCUUAGGCCACGAGUACUAAUAAGAACUCUAUUCUAAAAAUAAAAGAUAAUAAAAUAAGAGAUUGUCGCAAGAAGCUCAAUGUGAUAAGCUAAUUAAAAAAUAAUCUUAAAUAAAGCAAACUUAAGCUGUAGGAAAAUCAAAGGAAAUAGAAAAGAAAAAAUCCGAUAAAAGCAAGAAAUAAUAGAAUUAUGUAGUCUCAAGAUGGUGUCCCUAAUCUUAAUAACUUCUUUUUGAAUGGAAUAACACUCCGUUGAAGCAAAUAUAACUACAAAGUGAUAAAAUCGUGAAUGAAUCAGUUAACGUGGCCUCUUAUGUUAAUAUUCUUAAUAAAAAUCGUAUCAUGAUAAUUUCUUAAAAUACUUGCUCCUUAAAGUAUUAAAUAAACUUGAUAGAUCUUCAAGAAAAUAGAGUAAUAUGUAAGAAUUAGCUUGGUUCAAACUUUUAGCUAUAUCCUUUCGAACCUUCUAAGCUUAACGUAUAAACAGUGAAGAUUAAUGAAAGAUUAUCUUGCAUCUACUUGAUGGGUGGUAGCUAUUUUAAAAUAAUAAAGAAUUCUUCACUAAAUAAUGUUAAGCGUGUAAAACAAUUUUGCAUACAGUAGAUUCUUCCUAUUUACAAAGGUCGUCAAGUUGUUGCUCUUUCACUAAAUGGCUUGAUUAAUAUAUAUUCAACAGCUUAGGAUAACUUCCACCUAAUAAAAUCUAUGAAAAUUAAGCGCGAAUCCCCAAUCAGUAUUUCCUACGUGAACUACUUUGAUGUAGAUACAGAAAAUUCAUUAAUUUACUGCUGUGUAUUAUCAAACAGAACUCAAUUUAUUUAAAUAUUUAACAUGUUUACUGGAGAAAUUAUUUACACACAAGAUAUUCAUAUCCUUUAACAAAACUACGGUUACAACAUAACUAACAUGAAAAUAUUUUAAAAUCACUUGUAUAUAGAGCUGCAACUAUAACAAGAUGAGCAUCACCACCCUGUUUAAAGUGGAUGCGAAGUACCUAUCUAAUUCAAAGUAUAGGCAUAUAAGAUAGAUAAUUAAUCCCAUCACUUAAAUGAAUUUAAAACAUACAAUCAUUCAAAUAUACUCAAAUCAACCUUUUCCUCUCAGCAAUUCUUCCUCUAUAACUCGUAAAAAUCAUGUAUAAUAGGAUUUGAAAAACUCAACCAAAAAAAAUAUAAACAUUAUUUAACACCUUCAUCAAACUAGCUUUGUAUGCCUAAUUAACAAAUGAGUUCAAACUUAAUUCCUAUAGAUAAAAAUGAAAAGAUACCAAUGAUGAACUAAGAAUAGCUUAGCUUGUCAUUAGGAGAAAGCUCUGUGAACGAAAAAAUAUUUAAACUCAACAUCAAACAAACAUCUCCGAAGUUUAGACCAAUAUUUACCCACAUAUUUAAAGAAAUUCCACAUGGACAUCAGAGCAAACAAAAAAAAUAGAUUUCAUCAAUUUGUAAUUAAAUUCCAAACUAUUAAUAAUCACUCGCUUAAAAUUAUUCAUCUUAAUUUAUUUGCGAAUAAGAGUUAAACUAAAUUUAAGAUAAUCAAGAUAUGGUUUUAACUCUCUUCGAUCAAAACAAGAAUGUAUACAAAAUCUAUUAAAACUGA